UUUAACAAUUGUUACGUUAUAACUGUCAGGUCACUCGUUUUUUCUGUGCUCGUAACGUCUAUAGCCAUCUAAUCGUUCAUUUAAUGCUUCAUUGUGUGUAUUGUAAAGGCUACUGGUACUAUUCAGGUGAAGGCUUGUGUGUUGGUGACUAGACAGUAUAGUAUAUUUCUAUACGUUAUAUUAUAGUGUGGACCACUUUUUCGGAGUCAGAGUCCGAACAUGGCGCGCUCGCCCAAAGGUUCGCCUCAGGAAUCCAAGAUGGCGGCCCUGACUGCCCCCUCUCCCACCGGCACGUCCACCGUUCUCAACAAGAUCAGUGAUGAGAUGAUCGUGUGUAACAUUUGCUUUGAGACGUACAACCGGCCCAAGGUGCUACCUUGUCUUCACACUUUCUGUAUGGAUUGUCUGGCAAGGCUGACAGCCAGUAAGACGGCCAAGAGUCCAAAAGGAAAGCUGACGUGCCCGAUGUGUCGGGAGGAAACGCCCCUGCCCAAGAACGGAGUGAAGGGUCUGAGGGACAACUUCUUCGUCUCCAACCUGUGUCAGAUCCUACACGCCGAGAGGGAGCGCACACGGAACGCCCCGCGACCCAGGUCACCUGCCCCGCCCAGGAGAGAGAAAAAGGAGGUAACCUGUGGGACGCACGAUGGAGAAGUCAUCAAGUACUUUUGCGACAAAUGUGAGGUGCCGAUUUGCGGCGACUGUUUCGUCAUGGAACACAACGGCCAUACCGUCUCCAAACUCAAGGACGCGGCCAGUAAGUACUGUGAGCGGAUCAGGGAGCGGGUGGGGGAAUGUCGGGAGCGCGCCAAGCCUCUACAGCAAGCCGUCAGCCUAUUGGUGGCCAUGGAGAACGAACUGAAGCAGAACAAAGAGACAACAAAAGAAGAGAUCCACCAGCACGCAGAGAUGCUGAUAGAAGCCAUCCAGCAGAACGAGGAGGAGAUGGUGUCUGCCGUGGAGGCGAUCUACAACGAUAGGAAGGACUCCCUGGCCAAUCAGCGGGGAGAGAUGCAGGCAGGUCUGCACAAACUGGAGGAAUGCAUGCAGGCUGCUGAAGAAGCCCUGGAGAAAGACUCUGAUGUUGAGAAGCUGUCCCAGUGGUCCAUCCUGGAGAACUCCAUCUCAGAGGCCGGGGACCUGCUGCCCACUCAGGGCCCGGAUGUCAACACCUGUGUCAAGUUCUCAGCCGAGCAUUUACAUGAGAAUUUCCGGCUGGGCGUGCUGAUCACAGAGUCCGUGUUCCAGUUCGGAGCGAAGGGAACCAAGGACGGGGAGUUCGACUCGCCCUUCCGGGUAGUCACCAACAGUCAGGGGGAGAUCCUGGUGGCGGAUAACGGGAACAAACGGUUACAGAUGUUUGACAGUAAAGGCACGUUUAAGUGGAAAUCUGAGAAAGAGGAAGGAGACAAGUUCCUGAAGCCCGUAGACGUGGCCGUGACGCCUGAUGGGAACAUCUACAUUACAGACGUGGCCAACAAGUGUGUCAAGAAGUUCGACCCUAAGGGAGAAGUCAUCAGCAAAUUCGGAAAUGACGUCCUAGACAUCCCAUCGGGCAUUGCAUACGACGCACGUACUGAUCACGUAUUGGUGACAGACGCAGGUAAGAACCGGAUCACCAUCCACUCGUCUGACGGAGAGCUGCUGCACCACUUCGGGUCGACAGGGGACGACGACUCCAACUUUAACAGGCCGAUAUUCGUGGCCGUCAAUUCGCACUCGGACAUCAUCGUGUCGGACUACAAGAACCACUGCGUCAAGGUGUUUGACUCGGAGGGACUGUUCCUGUUCAAGUUCGGCGGCGAGGUUGGCGCGGACGCGGACCGGGGGAAACACGGCAUGCCGGCGGGGCUGUGCGUGGAUCCGCGGGACAACAUCAUCGUGGCGGACAUCCACAACGGGCGGGUGGAUCUGUUCCGGCCGGACGGGUCGUUCCUGCGGCACAUCGCCACGGCCUCGGACGGGCUGCUGUCCCCGUACGGCGUCGCCAUGACACCUGACGGCAGGGUCGUGGUUACAGACGUGUCAGAUUGCGCAAUCAAAAUCUACAAGUACUGAUUCAGAAACUUUGUGUGAUGUAUAUCCUCCUUUGCAGACU